GGAUGGAAGGGAUGACCACGUUCUGGGUGCUGCAAAGCAGAGCCCACGACAAAGUCACAGCAGCGGAAGCGAUUGUGCUGCCCGAUGUGGCGGAGACGGUUGCCAACCUCAUCGCGGCAGAGGGCACGCAGUUAGAGAAGUGGCUGGCGAAGGGAGGUAUUGUCAGGGAGGGGCGGCUAGAAUUGGGAGCGUUGCAGAAAUACAUGCACAGGUAUUGCGCAGUCUUGGAGGGGCACUUGGUCCAAGUGUCAUGGCCCCGCAGCCACCGCAAGCUGAAGAAAGCGGUCCCUGGCAAGCUGUGCACCUGCCGGGAAUUCUUGCUGCACGCUGACUGCGAGCACGUGCUCUUCAUCAAGGCGUUGCAGAACGAUCCCACAGCUAGCAUGCAGAACAUCCCGACGCUGAGGCCGCGAGGUCGCAAGCGCAAGGGCCAGUGAUACAGCGUGCCCGCCAUAACCACAGACCACAGAAAAGCAGCGUAGGGGAGCGAAUGUGUCUUUUCUGACCUGUGUCUACAUGUAGAAUAGGGUUGGACGA